UGGUUAGCAGUUUCCUGAAGGAGAUACAGGAGAGCCAGGAUUGGCUAAGACGCUUCUGAACUGUGAAUCUGCGCGGAAGCGUGUGACAGCCGGUGGAUUGUGGCGGCUUGUCGGGAAGGACCGCAUCACUGACUUUUUCAUGGACCUCUUUGGAAGAAUCUUCAAUACUGUGAGUGCUGUGAGCAACCUCUUUACCAAUCCUUAUCGUGUGCGGGAGGUGCCACUUUUGGACUAUGCUGGCUGCCAAAGACUUAAGGAAGAUGGGCGAAUCUUACUUUACAAGAGCAAGACAUCAAAAGUGUGGGACUGUCUCCUAGUAAACCCAAUGACGCCACAAAAUGCCUUUCGUCUAUUUCAGUUGGAUUCAGAAACAGAAGCAUUGCAUCAGUUCCAAGAAUAUGCAACCAAAAUGCGUCCAUUCUAUGAGAGCUCCAGACAGGGCCUCCAGCUGAACACUGUCCAGCUACUUACAGACUGUCUGCGUGGGCACCCCAACUGGUCUUUGGCGCACGUGGCAGUAGAGAUGGGUCUUCGGGACAGUUUUAAACACAACGGUAUUCUGAGAAGUGUGAAUAGUACAGAAUGUGACGUGGGCUGUACCCCACUGCACCUGGCCUGCAAGAAAGGGGACAUCGAAUGCAUUCAGGAGUUGGUAGAAGACUGCCAGGCUCGGGCGGAUAUUUCUGACUUCAAUGGAGAGACCGUGUACCACUAUGCUGCCCGUCAAAACAACCCUCGUGUUAUUGAGAUCCUGUGUUCUGUACCUUCUAUUGGUAUUAACCACCUGAGCAACUCUGGAGAGACUCCAUUGCAUGUGGCUUGUCGCAUGGGCAAAACCGAUGCAGUUCUAGCCUUUUUGCGCUGUCAUGCGCACUGUGAUAUCCUUGGAAGGGAUGGAUACCCCAUUCACACGUCUAUGAAAUACUCAAUGAAAGGAUGUGCUGAAGCAAUACUGGAUGUUUCUGCAAACCAGGUACAUGUUGAAGAUCCUAAAUAUCAGGCAAUCCCUUUGCAUUGGGCAAAGACCGCUGAGAUGUCUAUACUUUUGCUGGAGCGCGGUAGUAAAGUGAAUGCUUUAAGUAGGACAGCAGAAACUCCUUUACACAUUAUGGUUAAGAAGGACAGAUUUGACUGUGUCAUGGUGCUCUUGACCCAUGGAGCAAACCCAAACACAAAGGGUGAACAUGGAAAUUCAGCUUUGCACCUGGCUAUGAAGAAAGAUCACCUGGAGCUUAUUAAAGCCCUUAUGGUUUUUGGGGCUGAUGUGGAGCAGGCUAAUGAUUUUGGUGAAACGCCAGGACUCCUUGCAGCCAGAUCAAGCAAAGGGUCCAAUCGCAAGGUGCUACUCGACAUGCUUUGUAACAUAGGAGCAGAGCGCUGUUUUCCCCCUGACACCCAGUUUCCACCAGCUGCAUCCUCCCCCGCCACAGCACCCCCCGCGGACAGAACUAGCAGCAUAGGCUUCCAGGACUUGGUGUAUGUCUCCACUGCUUUAGGCAGUAUGCUGGCCUCACAUGACUGUGUGGAUUUUACAAGAAAUGACCUAAGAACGCAGGAUCGCCUUCUCUGCUUGGAUGGUGGUGGAAUUCGUGGACUGGUUCUUAUUCAGCUGCUUAUUGCCAUAGAGAAAAUUGCGGGCCGUCCAAUAAAAGAGCUCUUUGACUGGGUUUCUGGCACCAGUACUGGUGGUAUUUUAGCAUUAGCCGUAGUACACGGAAAGUCCAUGGAAUACCUCCGCUGUUUGUACUUCCGCAUGAAGAAUGAGGUUUUUCGCGGCUCACGGCCAUAUGAGUCUGGGCCAUUGGAGGAUUUUUUAAAAAGGGAAUUUGGGGAACAAACAAAGAUGACAGAUGUAAAGCACCCCAAAGUAAUGGUGACUAGUGCAAUGUCAGAUAGGCACCCGGCAGAACUUCAUCUGUUCCGAAACUAUGAACCCCCAAAUGAAGGCCGAGAACCAACAUUCAAGAGGCUUGCUUCAUUCCGGCCAGUAACAAAACCAGAAGGUGAAGAGGGAGAAAGUUUAGAGCUGUCGUGGGAAGAUCAGUUGGUGUGGCGUGCCGCCCGCUCCAGUGGUGCUGCCCCCACCUACUUUCGCCCCAUGGGCCGUUUCCUGGAUGGCGGGCUGCUAUCAAAUAAUCCCACCCUAGAUGCCAUGACUGAAAUACAUGAUUUCAACACCUGUAUGAAACGUGAGGGUAAAGGUGGGCAGGUAAAGAAAUUAGGUGUGGUAGUAUCACUUGGCACCGGGAAGCCUCCACAAAUUCAAGUGAGCUCCGUUGAUGUGUUUAGGCCAUCUAACCCAUGGGAGAUGAUGAAGACUGUGGUUGGAGCAAGAGAACUGGGCAAGAUGGUUAUAGACUGUUGCACAGAUUCAGAUGGUCCAGCUGUAAAUAGGGCCCAGGCAUGGUGUGAAAUGAUAGAUGUUCCAUAUUUCAGGUUAAGCCCACAGCUGCAAACAGAUGUCAUGCUGGAUGAAGUUAGUGACGCAGUGUUGAUUAAUAUGCUUUGGGACACCCAGAUCUACAUCUACCAGCAGAAGGAGGAACUGCAAAGAUUGGCAAGGCUUCUCUUGACACUAUGAAGACUGAAUUCUAACAGUACAGAAGGUCUGCAGUGAAACGAUUGAGGACUUGUAUGGAAGCACAAGACAUUGAAGAAACAUCUCAACUCUAACAGCUUUCAUCUAGCUUUACUGCCUGUGGUUAAUAUUCUGUGUGGUUAUUCACUAUAUGUUCACCUACAACGUAAUGAACAUUGUCUUCCCGAUAUAUCGUUUUGCUAAAUAGAACUAUACAGUUCAUGUGGCACCCUGCCUGUAGCAUGGACACUUCAGAGGCCUCUGUCCUGGAGGUUAGGAUUGCCGCUGCACCUCCUAGCUGCUAACAUAAGGCCUUUAUCUUUACAACCUUUAUUGACCAUUUCUUGCUUGGUGUUUGAAAAGUUGCAGAUCUAUAAUAUCUGGUUAUCCUCAUUAAAUAGCACAAUUAAAGAGGCUUUCCUAUGA